GCGGAAGUGGCCCCGACGGCCUCGAUGUCGGCUCCCUUGGCAACGGGCGCCGCUAGGGAGCUUUGAGGAGGAGGAAGGGAGGGUCUUCCAUCGCCGCAGCGCAGACGGCCAGGCCCGAAGGGAUGGCGGAGAAGUUCGACUCCCUGGAGGAGCACCUGGAGAAGUUCGUGGAGAACAUCCGGCAGCUGGGCAUCAUCGUCAGCGACUUCCAGCCCAGCAGCCAAGCGGGCCUCAACCAGAAGCUGAAUUUUAUGGUUACAGGCUUGCAAGAUGUUGACAAGUGCCGGCAGCAGCUUCAUGAUAUUAGUGUGCCUUUGGAAGUCUUCGAAUAUAUAGAUCAAGGGCGUAACCCCCAACUUUAUACUAAAGAGUGUUUGGAAAGGGCUCUUGCUAAAAAUGAACAGGUGAAGGGCAAAAUUGACACCAUGAAGAAAUUCAAAAGCCUAUUGAUUCAAGAGCUGACUAAAGUCUUCCCAGAGGACAUGGCCAAGUACAAAGCUAUUCGGGGUGAAGAUUCAUCUCCUUAAUUACAUUCUGCAUUGUACUGUGUUCUUCUCCAGACACCGCUGAUAGGUUAUUGUGGCAAUAUUUGACAUAACCAGAGGACUGAAAGUGCUGGAUCCACAGAAGCAUUGAUUAAAUGUUUUGUUUCUUGGAAAAGAUGCAAGCUGAUUCUCCCGUACAACAUCUGAAGUCAUUCAGGUUUCUAAGGACUUCAGUAAGAAGCCAACAACUGUGAAACAGUCUUUAAGGGGACUUCCGGCUCAUAUGUGAACUGAAGCCUACCAACAUUGCUUUUUUGUAAGAUCCCAUUUUGAAUUACUUAGCAUAUAUCUUUCUUAUAUAAAGUAAAGUGGGGUCAGGCAGCUAUAUGUCUGCUGUUGACGCUCUGCCACCUACCAAAUGGAGAAGCAGAAUAGUUGCUGUAAUCUCUCUUCCUGGGUAAUUAAUAGGUUUGUCCAUACUUUUUCAUUAUACCUUGGUCUGCAGGAAGAAUAGAAUGAUUCUAUGAUGUUAUAUGAAAGAAUAAACAAGAACAUUUGCAAUA